UUAAAAAUUGCAAGCUUUUGCUAUUAACCGGCACAAAAGGUCACCGAUUAGACUCAUAAGAGGGUUUUACUUCUUAGUCUUCGCAGAUAGAGACUAUUUGAGAGAAAUCAACCCCGUGUAAACCGGCUAUAGCCGGUAAACCACUACACCACCUUUCCCCAAUCUUCCUCCCUGGUUCCUAGUUUCAAAAUCUGAACUCUUUCUUUACAGAUUCAACUCCAUCUCUCUCUAUGCGACUCAACAAUUGGUUUAUAAUUUCGUAUGGUUUACUUAGUAUACGCUUUCUUUGAAGAGAUUAAUUUGUAUACUUGGAUCUUCGGCUCAGCUACGAUCUCCAAUCCACCUAGGACAGCUGGACAGGGUUAUAAAUGUCUGAUGUGGGGAAUCUAUGGGAGCGUUUGGGACAUAGACCCUAUCUUAAGAGCAGCUGAUGAAAUUCAAGAUGACGACCCCAACAUUUCUAGGAUUUUGUGUGAAUAUGCUUAUACACUGGCUCAAAAUUUGGACCCCAACAGUGAAGGGAGGGGUGUACUACAGUUCAAGACAGGUUUGAUGUCUGUAAUCAAGCAAAAAUUAGCAAAGAGGGAGGGUGGAAGCAUUGAUAGAAGUCGAGACAUUGCUCGCUUACAAGAGUUUUAUAAACUUUACAGAGAGAAGAAUGAUGUAGAUAAGUUACGUGAGGAGGAAAUGGAAAUGAGGGAAUCAGGGACUUUUAGUGGAAACUUUCAAGAGUUAGAACGCAAAACAGUGAAGAGGAAAAGGGUUUUUGCAACUCUUAAAGUUAUAGGAACUGUUUUAGAGCAACUUGCUAAAGAGGUUUCACCUGAGGAAGCACAAGGAUUGAUCUCUGAAGAGUUAAAACGGAUGAUGGAAUCUGAUGCAGCUAUGACAGAAGACUUGAUUGCAUAUAAUAUUAUUCCUCUUGAUGCCCCUGUUGUAACAAAUGUUAUCACUUCAUUCCCUGAGGUGCGUGCUGCAGUAUCAUCAUUGAAGUACUUCAGAGGUCUCCCAAAGCUGCCUGCAAAUUUUCCAAUACCUGCUACAAGGAGUGCUGAUAUGCUCGAUUUUCUGCACUAUGUUUUUGGAUUUCAGAAAGGUAAUGUUGCAAAUCAAAGGGAGAAUAUAGUAAAUCUACUUUCAAAUGAGCAAACUCGACUUGGUCCUCCUGAUGAACAUGAACCGAAACUGGAUGAGACUGCUGUGGAGAGAGUAUUCUUGAAGUCUCUUGAUAACUACAUCAAGUGGUGCACUUACUUAAACAUCCCUCUAAUGUGGAGCAAUUCAGGUAUCAAUAAAGAAAAGAAGAUACUUUUUCUCUCUUUGUACUUUUUGAUAUGGGGUGAAGCUGCUAAUGUUCGAUUCCUUCCGGAAUGUUUAUGCUACAUAUUUCAUCGUAUGGGAGAUGAAUUGUGUGAAUUAUUGAGUGAGCAGAUUGCAAAGCCAGCCACUAGUUGUGUUGCAGAAAAUGGUGUUUCAUUUCUUGAACAAGUCAUAACCCCUCUCUAUGAAGUUAUAGCUGCUGAAGCUGAUAACAAUGAAAAUGGGAAAGCUCCGCAUUCUUCAUGGAGAAAUUAUGAUGACUUCAAUGAGUACUUCUGGUCUCAAAGUUGCCUGAAACUCGGUUGGCCAUUUGACCCAAAUUCAUCUUUCCUCCUGAAACCAACACGAAAGUCAAACAAUAUAUUGAAUGCAAGCAUCACAAAACGUCGUGGGAAAACCUCUUUUGUUGAACACCGAACAUUUUUCCAUCUUUACCAUAGCUUUGAUCGCUUGUGGAUCUUCCUUUUCAUGAUGUUUCAGGGACUUACAAUCAUUGCAUUCAAUAAUGGAAAGCUGAAUGACAAGACAAUACGUGAAGUUCUUAGUUUAGGCCCAACUUUUUUUGUUAUGAAGCUUUUCCAAAGUGCAUUGGAUAUUGUGGUGAUGUAUGGAGCCUAUUCUACAACAAAGACUUUAGCUGUUUCACGGAUUUUUGUUCGUUUCAUUUGGUUUACAUUUGCUACCAUUUUCAUAUGCUUCCUUUACGUGAAAGGUUUGCAGGAGAAGACUAGUUCAAAUUCAGAGUCUAUUAUUUAUAAAAUAUAUAUAAUAGUUUUAUGCAUCUAUGCUGGAAGUCAUUUGUUUUGGAGCUCAUUAGCAAGGUUGCCAGCCUGUCAUCGCCUUUUCAAUCGGUGUGAUAACUCACCAGUUGUUCGUUUAAUCAAGUGGAUUCAUCAGGAACAUUAUUAUGUUGGACGUGGCAUGUAUGAAGCAACAACUGAUUAUAUACUGUAUAUGCUUUUCUGGCUUGUUGUAUUGGGGGGAAAGUUCUCGUUUGCCUAUUUUCUCCAGAUAAGGCCAUUGGUGAAACCAACAAGGCAGAUAAUUAAAAUAGAAGAUGUGCGAUAUUCUUGGCAUGAUUUUGUAUCGAAAAACAAUCAUAAUGCCUUGACUGUUGCUAGCUUGUGGGCCCCUGUGGUUUGUAUCUAUCUUUUAGACAUUCACAUAUUUUACACUAUUAUAUCUGCUGUUGUGGGUUUCUUGCUUGGAGCUAGAGAUCGUCUUGGUGAGAUUCGGUCUUUGAGUUCUGUCCACAAAAACUUUGAGAGGUUCCCUGCAGAAUUCAUGGAUAAUCUCCACAUUCCUCUUUCAAGCAGGAGUUCCCUUAAGGUAACUGGUCAGAUUCUUGUAAAAGAUAAGUUUGAUGCUGCUAGAUUUUCACCUUUCUGGAAUGAGAUUGUAAAAAAUCUAAGAGAAGAAGAUUACAUUACUAAUCUGGAAAUGGAAUUGCUUCAAAUGCCUAAAAAUACUGGAACUGUUCCCAUGGUGCAAUGGCCUCUUUUUCUACUAGCCAGCAAGUUAUUCCUUGCAAAAGAUAUAGCUGGAGAGAGUGACACACAAGACGAACUAUGGGAUAGAAUUUCAAGAGAUGAUUAUAUGCAAUAUGCAGUUGAGGAAUGUUUUUACACCAUCAAGCUAAUUUUGACUUCAAUUUUCGACAAAGAAGGGAACGAAUGGGUUGAAAGAAUAUACGAUGACAUUAAAGCAAGUAUAGUGCAAAGAACAAUCCACUUUGACUUUCAACUGAAAAAACUCUCACUUGUUAUGCAAAAAGUCACUGCCCUUACUGGAAUUCUGAAAGAAGGUGGAAGCCCUGAAUUGGAGAUUGGAGCUGUUAAUGCUGCUCUAGAUCUUUAUGAUGUUGUCCAGCUUGAUUUUUUUAGUGGCAAUAUGAGACAAAAUUAUACCACAUGGAAUAAUGUUAUAAAAGCAAGAAAAGAAGGUCGUCUGUUUUCAAAGCUGAAGUGGCCAAAAGAUCCUGAAUUGAGGUCACAAAUUAAGAGGCUACACUCGCUUUUAACAAUCAAGGAUUCAGCAGUAAACGUUCCCAGAAAUCUAGAGGCUAGAAGAAGAUUAGAGUUUUUCACAAAUUCACUUUUCAUGUCAAUGCCCAAAACCAGGCCUGUUCGCGAAAUGUUAUCUUUCUGUGUUUUCACUCCUUAUUAUUCAGAGACUGUUAUUUAUAGCAUGCGUGAGCUUCUAAAGAAAAAUGAAGAUGGGAUUUCUAUUCUGUUUUACCUUCAAAAGAUUUAUCCAGAUGAAUGGAAAAACUUUCUUGCACGUCUUGGACAUGACGAAAAUACCCCUGAAUCGGUACUUAUUGAGAAUGAAGAAGAUAAUCUUGAACUCCGAUUCUGGGCAUCUUAUCGAGGACAAACAUUAUCAAGAACCGUGCGAGGAAUGAUGUAUUACAGAAAAGCUUUAAUGUUACAAGCCUAUCUGGAGAAGAUGACAGUUGGAGGUGUGGAAGCUGCUGUUCCACCUAAUGAAGCAACAGAAACAAAAGGCUUUGAGUUUUCUCCUGAAGCAAGAGCACAAGCUGACCUUAAAUUCACAUACGUUGUCACAUGUCAAAUUUAUGGAAAGCAAAAAGAAGAACAAAAACCAGAAGCUGCUGAUAUUGCACUGUUAUUACAAAAAAAUGAAGCACUUCGAGUUGCUUUCAUUGAUGAGGUGGAGACUUUGACUGGUGGGAAAGUGCAAAAAGAGUUUUACUCUAAACUUGUGAAGGGUGACAUCAAUGGGAAAGAUAAGGAAGUUUAUUCUAUAAAAUUGCCAGGAAAUCCCAAACUCGGAGAAGGAAAACCUGAAAAUCAAAAUCAUGCGAUUGUGUUUACACGUGGAAAUGCUGUUCAAACAAUUGACAUGAAUCAAGAUAAUUAUUUUGAAGAAGCUUUAAAGAUGAGGAAUCUUCUAGAAGAAUUCCAUGAGAAUCAUGGUAUCCGUCUUGCUACCAUUCUUGGUGUCAGGGAACAUGUUUUUACAGGAAGUGUUUCUUCUUUAGCAUCCUUCAUGUCAAAUCAAGAAACGAGUUUUGUAACUCUUGGGCAACGUGUUCUUGCAAGUCCUCUAAAGGUUCGUAUGCAUUAUGGUCAUCCGGAUGUGUUUGAUAGAGUCUUCCAUAUAACACGAGGUGGUAUCAGCAAAGCCUCUCGUGUCAUCAACAUUAGUGAAGAUAUUUAUGCAGGUUUUAAUUCAACUUUGCGUCAAGGAAAUAUCACGCAUCAUGAAUACAUCCAGGUUGGAAAGGGGAGAGAUGUGGGGCUGAAUCAGAUUGCUCUGUUUGAAGGAAAAGUAGCUGGAGGAAAUGGAGAGCAGGUUCUUAGUAGAGAUAUAUACAGACUUGGUCAACUCUUUGACUUCUUCCGCAUGCUUUCAUUCUACUUUACUACUGUUGGAUUUUACUUCUGCACCAUGUUAACAGUGAUCACAGUGUACAUAUUUCUCUAUGGGAAAACAUAUCUGGCAUUAUCUGGAGUUGGUGAAGAUAUUCAAUCAAGAUCUGAAGUGCUCGAAAACACUGCUCUAAAUGCAGCCUUGAAUACACAGUUCUUAUUCCAAAUUGGUGUAUUUACAGCUAUACCCAUGGUUUUGGGUUUCAUCUUAGAACAAGGAUUCUUAAGGGCUGUUGUCAGUUUUAUCACAAUGCAGUUUCAACUUUGCACUGUGUUCUUUACAUUUUCUUUGGGUACAAGAACACAUUACUUUGGUAGAACAAUUCUUCAUGGUGGUGCAAAGUAUCAUGCAACUGGUCGUGGGUUCGUUGUGCGCCAUAUAAAAUUUUCAGAAAACUACAGACUUUAUUCGCGAAGCCAUUUUGUCAAAGGAAUGGAAGUGGUUUUAUUGCUAGUGGUGUACAUUGCAUAUGGGUACAAUUCAAGUGGUUUAAUAGGCUACAUUCUUUUAAGUGUUAGCAGUUGGUUUAUGGCCAUUUCAUGGCUUUUUGCUCCUUAUUUGUUCAAUCCAUCCGGUUUCGAAUGGCAAAAGACAGUGGAGGACUUCAGAGACUGGACGAAUUGGCUCUUCUAUAGAGGUGGAAUUGGUGUCAAAGGAGAAGAAAGCUGGGAAGCUUGGUGGGAUGAAGAAUUGUCCCAUAUUCGAACAUUUGGGGGGAGAGUUAUGGAGACGAUUUUGAGCCUAAGGUUUUUCAUAUUCCAGUAUGGUGUUGUUUACAAAUUGGACGUGCAAGAUACAAAUACAUCAUUAUCUGUGUACGGAUUUUCAUGGCUUGUGCUUGUCGGCCUCACUAUCCUUUUCAAGAUAUUCACAUUCUCCCAGAAAAUCUCAGUGAAUUUUCAACUAAUCUUACGGUUUGUACAAGGCGUUGCUUUCAUGCUAGCAAUUGCGGGAAUAUCCGUGGCUAUUGCCCUUUCUUCCCUCACUGUCACUGAUGUCUUUGCCUCCAUCUUGGCCUUUGUUCCCACCGGUUGGGGGUUACUUUCGAUAUGUGUGGCGUGGAAGCCGGUGUUGAAAAAGAUCGGGCUGUGGAAAUCAGUGAGGUCGCUUGCUCGAUUGUAUGAUGCGGGAAUGGGAAUGCUGAUAUUUGUCCCGAUUGCUUUGUGCUCAUGGUUCCCUUUCAUCUCAACCUUUCAAACAAGGUUAAUGUUCAAUCAAGCCUUCAGUAGAGGGCUUGAAAUCUCACUCAUUUUGGCGGGAAACAACCCGAAUUCUGGGAUAUAGUUGUGUUGGCUUUUGUUUUGUACAUGUAGAGAGAGAAAGAGAGAAAGAGAAACUUUGGAUGUGUUGGUGUUUAAGACAGACUUUGGUAUGAAGAUUUAGUAAAACUACAAGUGUUUGUAAAUUAUGAGGGUGUAAAUUUUGUAGGGUUUUGGGAAUCUUGAAUGUGGAAAGUGGACAGUUUUUGUGGUAUCUUAUAAUUUAUUUUUAUUAUAUAGUUUUCAAUAGUAUUAAUCAUUAAAAAAAAAA